AUGCCCGAAGCCACAACCUCGGGGGCCGAUGCCUCUAACGGAUCGUCCGCCCACAACCGCCAGCACAACCAGGGCAACCAGGAUCGCAAAUACACAGUCGAGCAGAAGGCCGCGGUCCUGCGAAUCCGGAAAUGCGAACCCACCGCCUUUUACGAGAUCCUCGAGGUGUCCAAGACAUGUACCGACGCCGAGAUUAAGAAGGCCUACCGCAAGCAGUCCCUGCUGACACAUCCGGACAAGAACGGCCACGAGCAUGCCGACGAGGCCUUCAAGAUGGUCGCGCGCGCCUUCAGCGUCCUGGGCGACAAGGAGAAGCGCGACAAGUACGACCGCUUCGGAACCGACCCGGACAGCAGGUUCGCCAGCGCGCAGCAGCAGAAUCCGUUUGCCGGCUUUGCGAAUAGGGGAGCAGCAAGGGCGCAUCAGGGAGGCAUGUGGGGAGAAGAUGCAGACAUUAGCCCGGAGGAAAUGUUUGCGAGGUUCUUUGGCGGAGGAGGUUUCGGUGGAGGUCCGUUUGGAGCCGCUUUCGACGGAGGGCCGCAGUUCGUCUUCAACUUUGGCGGCGGGCCCGGCAUUCGGGUGCACCAAUUCGGCGGAGGAAGGCCCAGGACUCGCCCUCGGCAGGCUGGACAGCAACAAGAAGGCAACAGCAUGUGGAGCACAUUGAUGAGCCUCUUGCCCAUCAUUGUUCUCUUCAUCUUCCCCAUGAUCUCUUCGCUGUUCUCCGGAGCGACAUCGGGGCCAUCAACACCGUCCAUGUCCUUUGAGCAGGCCAAGCCCCCUUACACAAUGGCCCGUAAAAUGCCCAACGUCAAGGUCAACUACUAUGUCAACCCGAACGAUGUCAGGCAUUAUUCCGCCUCGAAGCUGUACAACUUGGAUCAGAAGGCCGAGGUCAUCUUUGUGCAACAGCUACAGCAACAGUGCGAGAGAGAGAUGGAGGAGAAGCGGCGGUUGAUCGAGGAGGCUCAGGGGUGGUUCCGUACAGACCAGGAGAAGUUGGCCAAGGCCGAGAGGUUCGAGACACCAGCUUGUAUCCGGAUCAAGACCCUUUAUUCACCAGGAUCGAAAUACUAA